AUGGAUAAAUCAGAAUUUUCUUAUGUUUCCGUUGCCCCAAAAACUCAAACAAUUAGAGGGCCUAGAGAGUUAUCCAAAAACCAAUGGGAAGGAUUAGCAAUUGAAGGGACUGGAAAACCUCGAAAAGGCUUGUUUACAAUUUCAAACACUUCUCCGUAUAUCGAAUAUAUGGAAUCGAGGUGAGAAAAACUGCUAGAAGAGCUUACUGACUCUACACAGUAUAGAGUUCCAACUAUAGAUUUCCGAGACGUAAAGCCUCUCAGCCAAGAAGUUUAUUAUAAAUUCUAUAAAGCUGAUAUAAAAAUAGUGAAAAAAGUGUUGGAAACUGCUGGAUUAAUCCAAACAAUUUCACAUGACUGAAGUGUCCUUUGGUCAUGUGGAGCUGCCAAGACUUUUCUCUACCAAAACUUAAACGAGUUCCAAAGAAUCAACCAUUUUCCGAAUUCAACUGAAAUUACAAGAAAAGACAACUUAUGUGCAUCUAUAGUGUCCAUGCAAGAAAAAUAUGGGUACAAAGCAUUUAAUUUCGUCCCAGAUACUUAUGUACUUCCUGAUGAGUUCGCUGAUUUCUAUGCACAUUUUCAUAAUGAAAAAAAUGCGAAGUGAAUAAUAAAACCUCCAGCUUCAUCGCAAGGCAGAGGAAUAUAUUUAAUUGAUUCAAUAAAUGAAGUACCAAUUGAUGAGCCUUGUAUUAUUUCGCAAUAUAUUGAAAAUCCGCUGCUAAUAAAUGAUUUGAAAUUUGAUAUGAGAAUUUAUGUGCUGGUUACAUGCUAUGAGCCUUUGAGAAUUUAUGUAUAUGAAGAAGGAUUGGCAAGGUUUGCAAGUGAGCCUUAUUCGCUAUCACAAAAGAAAAACAGGUUUAGUCAUCUGACUAAUUAUUCGUUAAAUAAGAAAAAUGAUAAGUUUAUACAAAAUCAAGAUGCUCAGUGUGACGAUAUAGGGCAUAAAUGGAGUCUAUCAGCUCUUAUGAGGCAUUUAGAAACAGCUGGAAUUGAUGUGGGGUCAGUUUGGAUCAAAAUUUAUGAUUUAAUCAUAAAAACAGUAAUUUCAUCAGAACAAGCUGUAACAGAAGAAGUGAAAAAGCUCAAUUUGAACUCAAAAAACUGUUUUGAUUUAUUUGGAUUUGAUGUAAUUCUAGAUUCUAAUCUAAAGCCGUGACUAUUAGAAGUAAAUUUAUCUCCUUCGUUAGCUACUGACUCUCCUCUUGAUACCCAUAUAAAAUCAAAUUUACUAAUAGAUGCUUUCAAUUUAAUGGGAAUCCGACCAUUUGAUAAAAAAAAGGAAUCUAUUAAUAAACUGCAGAACAGGCUAAAAAUGCAAACAAAGUCAGAUAUUUCUAGCAGAACGGUGAGUCCUGGUAGAAAAGUUCCAUUUAUGCAGAGCACAAAAUUUAAAGAAGUUGUAAGAGACACUCUUGAAGAAUAUAAACGCCGAGGGCAUUUUAUAAGAAUUUAUCCAUCUAAAGGGUCUGAAUUCUAUGAUGGAUAUAUGGAGCCUAUUAAACUAGUCAACAGAUAUCUAUAUUCAAUACUAUACACUGAGUCCAUGCCAAGAAAAACCCCCAUUUAUAAUAGUGUCCAAACUCCUGAAUUGGCGGUUACACCGAAACUCCCCAAAAGACAUGAGCGCCAAGUCAGCUCAGAAAAGCCAAAAUCAAACGAAAAAGUUCUACUAACUGGCGAUGACGUGCUAAUUGAGUACGUUUCUAGACUCUGCCACGCAGUAAAAGCUUUAAAAGAAGACAAACUAAAACCUCAAUGAAAGCGCAGUAUUGAGAAAUUUAUCACCCACCAAGUCUGGCAUACGUCAGAUAUACGUCGUGGAAGUAACAACAGACUUUGACAAAGACUUGAAAGCAGACUAAUCGAAAUGAAAGAACGAAGACGAAGACUUGUAGGCACCCCAACGGACGAAUUUGAAGAACAACGAAGACAAGUCCUAAGACAGUUCAGCGCUGCAGAACUGGAGUCAAUGCUUAAGAGCUCAUGUCGGAGCUCUGCAAUUGAAAUCAUUUCAAGCUUAUUUGACCUUGAAGGCCGCGGAAUUUUAAGCGAUGUCAUAAAGUGGCUGGCAACAGUUACAGAAAAAGAUAGAGUUCUAAUUCCACUGGAAGAACAGAUGAACCAAGAGACGACUAUUUAUGAUUCUAUAGAUGAUACUUUGUAA